AUGGACACUUCCCUCAUGUGUAGCAUCUGUCCUGGACAGCCACAGUUCAGCGAUGUCUCCCACCUGUUGACCCAUGCUGGCUCCAAGGCUCAUCUAGCCAACCACUUCAAGCUCAAGCUUCGCACCGAUGAUCCUAACGCAAUUGAGCUUCUCAAGCAAUAUGACGACUGGUUUGAGGCCAAUGGCUUUGCGAAGCAGCUGGCUGCUCGCAUGGCCAGCAAAGAAAGUCGGAAGAAAAGAAAGUCGGACGAAGCAUCGACAUCCAACACCACCAAACACGCAAGGAACCGAGCAUCUAUUGUCGAGCCUGAGGGCUCCAGCACUCCUACAAUGCCAACCACCCCUGUCCCUGAUUGCCUCGAUCCUCGCCUGGCCGAUUCUCACAAUGACAACCAGCAACAUGCGGGUACGACCCUCGCGCCAAGCACGCCAAACCGAUUGCCUAUGGCAAACAGCCAUGCGAAAGCUCGCACGGGUCCCAUCCUCCGCUCGAUGCGAUCCUCUAAUGGCACAAAGUCAAACGUGUUGCAGCCGGUUGAUGCUUCUGGACUUGGCGAUGAAAGCCGAUCGUUGGCUUUGCCUGUGACACCGAUACAGCGCCGACGCAAACCGGAACCCUUGGAGAGAACAUGGACUGCCAACAAAGAUACUCCUGAUCCUUUUAUGGACUCCGGUGAUCAGACGCAGGCAUCGGGUGACGCUGAGAUGGACAAGACUCGAGCUGAAGAGAUCGCAAGACUCAAGGGCGUUCUAUGGCCAGGCAUGGAUAUUUUUGAUUCCGCCACGGUGCAGAUGCGUCGUCGGCGCAACCAGAAGAAGGAUAGUGCUGCACUGAAAACGAUGCAGCAGACUUCUUCGCUCGUGGAGCCAACAGAACAGGUCUAUUCCCCACACGGAACUCUGCUGACGGAGCGUGUGAUCACGGGUAAUGUGGAGGAAUACAGCCCACUCAAAGGAGAGACUCCGAUUCCCAGGCGAGGCCUCGCUCGUACCAGGACCACACGUCUGACCAAAGCUGACCCCAACGUGCCCCGUGCCGCGGACAGAAAGCGACAGAGAACCGACAAAGACCGCAAGAACAUGGAAGAAGAAGAGGUCAAAGAAGAGCACAAGUUUCCCCGCCGCUCGCGCCGUGCAGGAGACCGUAUUCACCCCUAUGUUGGCGACGAUGAAGAGCUUGGUCUUACUGUCAACACCUUUGGCAAACGGCCGAGGGGUGGCUUCGACGUUUUUGUUGAUGAGGAGAAAGAAGAAGAGGACAGCAAAACAUCUUACCAGGAACUGGGAUUCAGAACGCAGUUCGAUACAUUGACCCCCACUCGCCUUGUUUUGAACGGAAAGACGAACACCGGUAUUCAUGCCUCGAGCGUUGGGCACGCAUCCGUUGCCAAAGAGAACAUUGAGCCUAUUCUGAACCCUCAAGGCCGAAUUGGCCCCCACGGUUGGCACUCUCCAUUCGCUAAACGCUCUGACCCCGAUGACUUUGGAUUCGGCCCCCAAUACUUUUCUGAUCUUGGUGAUACAUACGACAGCUUUGACAAGGCUGGGUAUCGAUUCAACCCUCUGCAAGCCCCCUCAAAGCACCCUUUCUAUGAGAGCCAGUAUGAAGAGGAGCAUACUGCAGCCCAGAAUGGAUGGCUUUCAAUGGACCAGACAGUUCCAUCCGAAGAAACCAUCCCCGAAGAGGACCAGAUCUUUCAUGCAUACUACUUGACUACCGAUGCGAACUAA